AUGAGUAUUGAAACGGUUAUUAGAAGUGUUGAGAAUCUACCCAAGUCUAUUGAUAAUAUUCAAAAGAAUGGAAUUGUGUCUGAAAACUCUGACUGGACGAAUAUGAUUUUCGAAAAAAUUCUCCUGAACGGAUUAAGGGACUACACAAUCCAAGAUGUAGCGAUAAUCAACAAGCGUUUGGCGUGUACAAAAGGACAGAAUUUUCUGAGCCAAGUGUGGAGGCUAUCUUUGAGAUACACGUGUGUACCCAAGAACAAUUCAUUCAAAAGAAUUAAAAAAAUAGUGCAUUUAAUAAUGAAAGAAGAGCCAUUGCCGGGGUUCAGUUUGGAUUUCAUCCGGGAAAACGGGAUAUUCAAUGUUGAGCUGAUGGUUUUCACCAACAUAUUACCUUCGUUGGAACGACUGACCGGUCGACAAUUCGCGCCACGGUUCUUCAGCGGGUCAACUCAGCCACCGACGAUAAUUCUCGAAGACUUAAAACCUCUUGGAUUCAAAAAUAAGUGCCGGCAAUCAGGAUUAUCACAAGCCCACAUGCUUAAAGUCAUCGAAGCCAUUGCACAAUUUCAUGCUGGAUCCGCUGCAUUAAACGAACAGCAACCAGGACGUUUUCUACGUUUUACGUCGAGAUCAUCGUCCGAAGAAACACAUGCCAGUAUGUACGAUUGGUUGGAUUUUAUCAUUGAUCAAAUAGCUGAUAAAAUUCGUAAAUGGUCUGAACCUUGGGCGAUUCGCGCUUCGGAUAAGUUGAAAAAAUUACGCAGAGUUACACAGCAUCAAAAACUAUUGAAGGUGUCGGAGUACGACAACGACGAGUUUUGCGUGUUAAAUCAUGGCGAUUGUUGGAUUGGCAACUUUAUCCUCAAAGUCGACUACGAUGACUAUUUUAUAAAAAAGUACGUCGAAAUUUUGUCGAAGUCAAUGAAAAGGUACGGCUGCAGCACACCACCUCCAACAUUGCAAGAUAUUACUCGAGCCAUGCACAAAAGACGAAUCUACGGGCUGAUGUCGGGAUUAAUAUUCUAUCCGCGGAUGAUUGCCGAUGUUUCGGAUAUCGAAGCGAUAGACGAUUGCUUCAAAAGUGGCACCACCAAAAUGAACAUCUUCAAAAAUCCACGGGCUGUCAAAGCGCUGAAGAAAAUGAUCCCUGCUAUGCUCGAAAAGGGUUACUUAGAUUAA